CUAGCUAGUUGAACGUCUUUUAUGAGCCAGACCAAAGGUUCUCUACAUUGUUCUCAUUCCAACAGGAUCCACUCCUCAGCCCACACAGGAAAAGAACAUGGCUGCAAGUGAACUACUGCUACUGUGGCUGGCGAGCACAUUGCUGACUACUGGAGGAGCUGGGACUGAGGACCAACUGGUGACUACUGGAGGAGCUGGUACUGAGGACCAACUGGCUGUGAACUGUAGCAACAAGACACUGCAAUUCAUACCCUCAAAUUACAGUCAAACCAUCACCAAACUAAUUCUGAGCAAUAACCUCAUAGUGCUGUCCAGCGCUGAUGAAGCUGCUCUGAGGAACUACGUCAAUCUGAUUGAGCUCCAUCUAGAUGGUAACAGGUUGACUGACCUGCCAGGGAAGUUAUUUGAGGCCAUGUCAAAGCUGGAGGUCCUCAACCUGUCCCACAAUAACAUCAGUAGAGUGGAGCCUAAGGCGUUGGCUGGCCUGGUUAACCUGAGGGAGCUGGACCUGUCCUACAAUCGUCUCCAGUCACUACCUCUACUGGAUGAUUUAAAGAAGCUGUCUAUCCUCAGGCUCGGGGGGAACACACUGCGGGACUUAGACAUCUCUGUGGACAGGAAUCCAUUAAAGGUGCUAGAUCUGAAGGGGAAUCCCUGGAACUGCUCUUGUGUAUUUCUCAACCGGAUUAAAUCGAUUACCGACUCAACGGACCAGAUAAGAGUCUCAGAUGCCACCUGCGCCAGCCCUGAGCACCUGUCCGGUAAAGGAAUAAUGGACAACGGUACCAGCUGCUUUUCAGGGUCAUCAUCAACAACAACACUUCCACCACCUACAACUCAGUCAAUCAUUAAGACAUCCUCAGCCCAGAUCACUACACACUCAGUGUCACUUGCAGUUACUACAAAUGCAAGCCUCGUCUUAACAGGCGUGGACCGCGGCAGUGGGGCGCCAGUGGUGGGGAACACCUGGAAGUUUCUCCUGGGUGUGAUAGCCAUCGCCCUGACCACCUCUAUGCUCCUCGUGUGUGCCGUCAAGUCCCCGUCCUGGUACAAGCUGCUGUUCAACUACCGGCACCAGCGGUUGAGAGAUGAGGAGGAUGCCGACGUGUACACUACAGGACGCUACUCUAGUUUCAGCUUGGACACGGAACAAACGGAGACCAGCGCCCGUGAGCUGGACCACGGGCUAGACGAGUUGGAUAACGAGGAGGAUGGAUACAUAGAGGACCGCUAUAUAGAGACUGAGGUCUAUGAAGACAACACAGAACCAUAAUGCUCUCUGAGCUGCUCCCAGACUUCUGGUUGUGGUUAUGUCCGUUUAAUUUGAUUUGAUUUGAUUUGGAUACCUUUUAGUCUUCGUUUGGACUAAUCUUCCAAGAGUCCUGCAGUUUGGCUAUUGCGACAUCAAAAUGAUCCCUUUCCGAUGAAAUAAUGGACGAUAAAUGAUUCUAUUCGACUCUAUUCACUGAUAGUAUCAGAAGGCCAUGGUUGUCCGUCCGUAACCCAUGCAUAACCUGCUGCCACUGAUGAUCAUUUAUUGUUUGGUUUGACAAAAUGUGCCCCUAAAAGUUGUGUACAUUUGUAAAUAUUUGCAAGUUUUGAAAAUGUUGGAAUUCAGUGAAAGGACCUACCAUGUGAGGUGUUUUGAGGUCAUGAUUUAGGCUACUUGCAAAGUUCUACUGCCGGAGACAUAGUGUAGGUAAUCAACGUUUUGUCUUAUUAAAUAUAUAUUUGAGGACUUACUCUCGUCUCUGUAAACAGUUAGGGUUAGGGCUGAAUGAAGGAAUGAAUACAUGAAUACCAGGCGGUGAUGCAACCGGUCAGGAUGCUCUCGAUGGUGCAGCUGUAGAACCUUUUUGAGGAUCUGAGGACAUAAUGCCAAAUCUUUUCUGUCUUCUGAGGGUGAAUAGGUUUUGUCGUGCCCAUUUCACGACUGUCUUGGUGUGUUUUAUUUUUGAAAAAUUAUAUAUUUUUUAACUGCAUUGUUGGUUAGGGGCUCGUAAGUAAGCAUUUCACUGUAAGGUCUACCUACACCUGUUGUAUUAGGCGCAUGUGACAAAUACAAUUUGAUUUGAUUUAAUAAUAUUAGGUACAUUUCAUAUUCACAAAUGCAAAUGGUCUAAUUCAACUAUAUUCAAAAUCUAACUUUUUUCACUUUAUAAAUGAAUUUAAACAAUAUGGCACUACUAAAAUGAAAAACAAAAAGGCACCUAAAAUGUGUUUUAUUAGUAAGAUUUGUUAGUUUUAGGAUUCCUGGCAAUGUAAAUAGUUUGUAAGC